GUUCUUGAAGUCUUCAUCUCCUCUUAAAUACUAGCCACAAAUUUCAAUCUCAAAAGCAGAGUGCACAACUUCUUGAAAGAGAGCGAAAACCGCACAGCAUUAAACACAGACCCGAUAUUCUGCAGAUACCCAUUCCAUUGCAACAAUACCCAGUUCCAAACCCAGAUAUGAAGAAAGCAUCCCUUCAUUCGACUUCUCAUCACAGCAAAAUAAUCCCAGAUCGAACACGUAGAGCUCCUCCUAGAGUCGAUAUCGAAUCAUCUUACGGAGAUGGUAAUAUAUCAGAUUCGUCUACUAGACCAAUUCUAAGUAGUAAGAAUAAGAGUGCUAAAUCAAGUGAAAAAUCCAAGGGCAAGGAAUAUGCGCCCGCGAUCGGGUCAGGAAAACGGAAUAAAAAUACUGGAAGUUUUAGAGAAGAAGAGAAGAAAACCAAAGCCUCCAAAGAUUCCUACACCCGCAUCAGAACAACAGACCAAAGUGCCCAUGAAGAACAACAGUCUCCCACACACACAAGAUAUCCCCACGAUCCUAUUAUGCUAGUCCGGUACAAGAAAUUAGAAUAUAAAUUAGCAAAGGAGAUAGGUGCAGCCCAGGAGCAAGCGACUUGGUACGAAGAACAGUAUUCGAGAAAUCCAUGUUCGCACUACAAAAAGACACAGGAUGCCUGGCAAAAAAAUGUCAAGGACCUUAAAAACCUGGCUGAGGAGAUCGAGAAUAUUAAAAGUCAACAUUUGUCACCGCGGAAAGCUAAACAAGCAUUAGAUGACCUUUUGGACCUUAAGGGACAUCUCCCCAAAUAGACUGACUAGUUCCUGGAAAGCAGAUGCCCCCGGCUGAUAAACAUCUAUAUAAUUUGAUUGGUUCUGAGAUUAUCA